AAAAUAUUUGACGUCAUAUAGAAGCCCGAGCCAAGAUGGCGGCUGCAGGAGGAGAGCCUUCUUCCCAGGGCGGUUCGGAUGAUUUAUUUCAAAACUUCUACUCGGAGGUAAAGCAGAUUGAGAAGAGGGACUCUGUGUUGACCUCAAAGCAGCAAAUUGACCGACUGCUCCGACCGGGAUCAUCUUACUUCAAUCUGAACCCUUUUGAGGUGUUGCAGAUUGAUCCCGAGGUCACUGAGGAUGAAAUGAAGAAGAGGUUUCGACAGCUGUCCAUCUUAGUCCAUCCAGAUAAAAACCAAGAUGAUCCAGAGAGAGCACAGCAAGCCUUCGAAGCCGUGGACAAAGCCUACAAGCUUCUUCUGGACGGAGAGCAGAAGAAGAGAGCGGUCGAUGUGAUCCACGCAGGAAAAGAGUAUGUUGAACACAAUAUGAAGGAGAAGAAGAAACAGCUGAAGAAAGAUGGGAAACCCCAGUUUGUUGAGGAAGACGACCCGGAAAUGUUCAGGCAGGCGGUGUACAAGCAAACCAUGAAGCUGUUUGCAGAACUAGAGAUUAAGAGGAAGGAGAGGGAAGCCAAGGAUAUGCAUGAAAGGAAAAGAGCGAGAGAGGAAGAGAUCGAAACACACGAGAAAGCCAAACGGGAUAGGGAGUGGCAGAAAAACUUUGAGGAAACGAGGGACGGUCGAGUAGACAGUUGGAGAACCUUCCAGGCCAAGGGCAAGAAAAAAGAGAAGAAGAAUAGAUCGUUCCUCAAGCCGCCGAAGGUUAAGAUGGAACAGAGAGAGUGAUUGGUCUGAUGUGGUGGGGGAGGGAUGGAACAGAGAGAGUGAUUGGUCUGAUGUGGUCCUUCGAUGGCUCCUCCCCUUCCUUGUCAGACACCCCACCUGUAAAGUGUAGGCCUGCGUCCCCCCAUUCUUUUUAAUGUACAUAUUUGUGAUCUUCGACCUCUGAGAGCAUCUGAAUGAGCUCAAUAAAGAAUGAAAGGUAAUCUUCCAUCUCUGUAUCAACCUUAAGUUUGUCAUGAAUCUUGUGAUGUAAUCUUUUAUUUUUUUUAUUAUACCAUUAAAUAAACGCUUGUUUGUAACAAGCCGAUUUUGACGCCGUC